GCCUGUACAUAAAGAACUGGAUGCUGGCUGGAAUCCUGAAUCAGUAAUGUGUACAUCAAUACAGAGGGAGGAUGUAGAUUGCACAGAGACGGACUGGAUAUCAUGUUAUGAAUGGUGUAUCUCGGAUCCAGGUGGCCUAUGUACAAGGGUCUGGGUGCAGGUUCGAGAGAAUGGAACAAAUAUAGAACUAUCACAAUGUUCUCAGGUGUUUGAGUACCGGUGUCCCACAAUGUUGGAUCCCCCUGCUAAUGAGACUCUAAACUGUAAGGAUAUAGAUAAUUAUCAGUGUGCAGAUUUAUCCACAGUUUUACAGUGUGCAGAUGGUCUGUGCACCAAUAUAACCCUAAUUUAUAAAUGUGAAUACAAGGAGACAGGACUUCUCUACGACUGCAGCGACGCAAAGAUAGGAGAGAAAUAA